AUGGAUCUCCUGCAGCCACCCAAGAGCUCCUCCCAGAUCGGGUUGGUCCUAGUAGCUGCCACUGCAGUCUACCUUCUCCUUUAUCGACUAUCAAACAAACCGUUUUGGAGCAGACUAGUCCUACGCGGCCGCAAGAACUCAACAGCUAGAACACCCCCACGUUCCAUCUCCCCCGGAAAGAAAAAUGCCAUUAGCGCCUCAUCUCCCUCAAGCUAUACCCAUGCCUUGCCACCCCAGCGUAGGGAUGCUCUUCUCCAGUUAAAAGAGACAUCUAUACAAUGGCGAGAGGUAGACGAAGCCGAAGUGCACCAGAAAAUCAUGCCCAUGACUGCCAACUACAUGGAUAGCCCAGGCGACAUGUACACCCCAACUGGAUUCUCUGUGGACGAGGUGAAAGCGCUUGGUGACUUCCCAGAUUAUGCAAAACUAAGUGGAAUUCCUCUCCCUGAGGCCUACCAUGAACAUGUCAUUGAAAAGGCACUGCCACGCCCAUAUAGACCAUUUCGGUGGGCAUAUCACCAAACGAUGUCAUUGACCAAAAUGGAGACGGAUUGGUGGAUUGAACUUGAAAGCACGUAUAAAGACCGCAUUGCCCAACGCAAACAACUCUAUGCCAAAUAUGGCAAAGCUGUUCUUGACGCAAUGCCUGGAUCUGAGCUUGCCUGCAAGGAGCUCUUGGAAAUGGCAUUGCAGUUCAUUUGUGCCAGGUAUCCUCAAUACUUUACUCUUAUAGACGAACGUAUACUGCAGAAUCGAAUCCUUGGCGUGGAGGCGGAUAUCCGGGCCAAACCUCCCCUCGAGGUCCUUCUCGACCAUGUCCCCGAAGACUUUGGCCUCAUGUUGCGAGAUAACGAGACAGGAUAUUAUUUCUUGCGUGCGGCCAUCAUCUGCUCAGCACUAGGAUGGAAUGUGGCUUCUAAGAUCGGCAAACAGCUGCAUGAGAUCCAUUCGCCCAUUCCAGACUAUAAGGAGAAGAUGCAGUUCUCAAUGGAUCGCUUUUUCACCAAAAUGCCAACAGAGAAGGCAAUCCAACGGGGGUCAUGGGGCCUUGAAGCUGGCUCCCCGCUGUAUAUGCCACCAGGUGAUCCACAUGAGGCUCUUCGCCUAUCACAAGAUCCCAAUAUUAGUGUAGAGGAUUGUACUCUACGUGUUGACUGGCAAACGCUGCGUCGGCUUCCUCUGUCAGCGUCUGUAAUUUUCAACUUCAAGGCAGUUUUCACACCCAUUCCUGAGUUCAGGGACGAACCCGGUGUCCCAGCCUUGGUAGCUAAGGUGUUGAAGGAGGCAAAGCGAAGCAUGAUGGAGUACAAGGGCGUUUGGCACGUUCAACAUGUCAUACUGCCGAAGUUGGAGGAAUGGGCAAAGGAACAAGAGGAUAAGGGGUUAGUUCCAAAGGGGUGGGAAGUUGCGACCCUAGAGGAUAGUCCGUGGUUUAGAGGUUGGGAGGAGAAAUGGCAUCGUCAACAGGGGUUUUAA